AUGGCUUCUUCUUCGUCUUCGUCCCCAUUCCUCAUGCUUCCCGUUGCUGACGAAAACACCGAAAAAAUCCAACACCUCUCCUUCUACAACUUCAAAAACAACAAACCCUACAACCUCAAACUCCCACCAACCCUCAAAAACACACAAUUCCAAUGCAUUGGUUCAUCCAAAGGUUGGCUUGCUUUUUUGGACCAAACCCUAAAAAACCCUUUCCUCUUCAACCCCUUCUCCCAAACCCUAAUCCACCUCCCCCAAAACCACCCCGACAUCACCAAACUCAUCCUCUCCCAAGACCCCUCCCUCCGCCCCCACACCUACUCCGCCAUCGCAAUCCAAACACCCCUCCUUUCCACCAAGCUCUCCUACUCACGCAACCGCGAUGCCACGUGGCAUGCCCUCCCCAACCAGAGCAACACCUACUACGACGCCAUAUGCUGCGAUGCAACAAACACCCUCUUCGCCCUAGCCCCCGGUUUGCAAGUCGAGUCGUGGAACUUGAACGAUGAUUCUCCUACAAAGAGCACGAUAAUUAGGCCUUCUUAUCCGAGAUCGUUGCGCCUCGCGAAGGAGGCCUUCCCGCGUGAUCUCUACUCGUCUCAAUUGUACCUCGCGCUCGCCUCCGGAGGCGAUAUAAUCGUGGCGGUGAGGUACGUUGGGGAGUUCGUGAGGUACGACGGGGAGGCGGUGUACGAGGGGGACACGCUGACGGACUACAUGGCGGCGCCGCUGGUGUGUCCGUACAGGACCAUGGGGUUUCGGGUGCUUAGGGCUGACGUCAGCGGAGGGGAGUGGGCUGACGUGGAGGGUUUGGGGGAUUACGCGAUGUUUUUGGGCGGGAAUGAGACGGCGGUGGUGCCGGCGGUGGGAUUGAUGAAGAAUGCGAUUUAUUUCACGGAUGAUUAUUGGGAGAGGAUUGAUGAGGAUUAUAGCUAUGGAGGCCAUGAUUUUGGGGUUUUCUGCAUGGAGGAUUCGAGAUUUGAAGAGGUUCUUGAUUUAGAGAUGGACAAGAUCAAUCCCCCGCCGUUUUGGAUCACUCUCCCUUCUUCGCCAUGA